UUGUCAGACGGUCCCCUGCGCCCCUAUAAAAGAUGUCGCGGGGCUGGUGACGCGCGCGCUGUUCAGACAGACAGGCACGAGAACACACCGACCAGCAGCAAAGCCAGGAUGUCUAUUACUAAGAUUCACGCUCGUGAGAUUCUUGACUCCAGAGGAAACCCCACUGUCGAGGUCGACCUCUACACUCAGAAAGGUCGGUUCAGAGCAGCUGUUCCCAGUGGCGCAUCCACUGGCGUCCAUGAAGCUCUAGAGCUUAGAGAUGGAGACAAGGGUCGCUACCUUGGGAAAGGAACUCAACAAGCUGUAGAUCAUGUGAAUAAGGACCUUGCCCCCAAGCUGAUCGAGAAGAAACUGAGUGUGGUUGAACAGGAGAAGAUUGACAAGUUCAUGCUGGAGCUUGAUGGAACGGAGAACAAAUCUAAGUUUGGUGCGAAUGCAAUCCUGGGCGUGUCCCUGGCGGUGUGUAAAGCAGGAGCAGCAGAGAAGGGAGUUCCUCUGUACAGACACAUUGCUGACUUAGCUGGAAACAAGGACGUCAUCCUACCAGUACCGGCAUUUAAUGUGAUAAACGGUGGGUCUCAUGCAGGGAAUAAACUGGCGAUGCAGGAGUUUAUGAUCCUGCCAGUUGGAGCUCAGAACUUCAGCGAGGCGAUGAGGAUCGGAGCUGAGGUUUACCACAACCUUAAAAAUGUCAUCAAAGCCAAGUACGGCAAAGAUGCCACCAACGUAGGUGACGAGGGUGGCUUUGCCCCAAACAUCCUUGAGAACAAUGAGGCUCUGGAGCUGUUGAAGACUGCUAUUGAGAAGGCGGGCUAUCCUGAUAAGAUCAUCAUUGGAAUGGAUGUGGCAGCAUCGGAGUUCCACAAGGCGGGAAAAUAUGAUCUGGACUUCAAAUCUCCUGACGACCCACAGCGCUACAUUACCGGUGACCAGCUGGGGGACCUGUACAAGAGUUUCAUCAAAAACUACCCAGUAAUGUCUAUUGAGGAUCCCUUUGAUCAGGAUGACUGGGAGAACUGGUCAAAGUUCACUGGCUCUGUGGACAUUCAGAUUGUUGGUGAUGAUCUGACAGUGACCAACCCCAAGCGUAUCCAACAGGCUGUGGAGAAGAAGGCCUGCAACUGCCUGCUGCUCAAAGUCAACCAGAUUGGCAGCGUCACAGAGUCCAUUCAGGCCUGCAAGCUGGCCCAGUCUAAUGGUUGGGGAGUGAUGGUGAGUCACCGUUCCGGUGAGACUGAAGACACUUUUAUUGCUGACCUGGUAGUCGGCCUCUGCACUGGACAGAUCAAGACUGGCGCUCCCUGCAGGUCAGAACGUUUGGCCAAAUACAACCAGCUGAUGAGGAUCGAGGAAGAGCUCGGCGAGAAGGCCAAGUUUGCCGGCAAGGAUUUCCGUCACCCCAAAGUGAACUAAACCAACCUUAGUCCUCUUCCACUGUAUGCAUGCAUACACACACUUUGACCAAGACUAUGGUUUUGCAGAAGACUUGCCAUGUUUUUGAAAUAAAAUGUGUGAUUUGUGUCCA